AUGGAGGUGGACAGAGUAGAGACACAAAACGAACAGAAACACAAGCAAGUUCAUCUGUUUUACUGCGUGGAAUCUGAAGAGCUUGCCCGUAAAGUUGCUGCUAACUCUAACCUUAUCACUCUCCAAUCCAUCAACUGGAGGAAUUUCGAUGAUGGAUUUCCUAACCUUUUUAUAAACAAUGCUGAAGCUUUGCGAGGUCAACAUGUUGCCUUCCUUGCAUCUUUUAGUUCCCCAGGAGUCAUCUUUGAGCAGCUUUCUGUCAUUUAUGCGCUGCCGCGUCUGUUUGUAGCUUCCUUCACUUUGGUAUUGCCUUUCUUUCCAACUGGCUCAUUCGAGCGGAUGGAAGAAGAAGGGGAUGUUGCAACUGCAUUUACCAUGGCAAGGAUAUUGUCAAAUAUUCCCAUUUCAAGAGGUGGCCCCACUAGUCUAGUCAUCUAUGACAUACACGCACUGCAGGAAAGAUUCUAUUUUGGGGACCAUGUUUUGCCUUUAUUUGUUACUGGGAUUCCUUUGUUAAUGCAACGCCUUCACCAAUUUCCCAAACCUGAUAAGAUUGUUGUUGCAUUUCCGGACGAUGGAGCUUGGAAGCGAUUCCACAAGCUGUUGGAUCAUUUUCCUAUGGUGGUCUGUGCGAAGGUUCGUGAAGGUGAUAAGAGGAUAGUUAGAAUAAAGGAGGGAAAUCCUGCUGGUUGCCAUGUUGUCAUUGUUGAUGAUUUGGUACAAUCUGGAGGCACCCUUAUUGAGUGCCAGAAAGUAUUGGCAGCUCAUGGUGCAGCAAAAGUGAGUGCAUAUGUCACCCAUGGGGUGUUUCCUAAGCGCUCUUGGGAGCGAUUCACUCACAAAAAUAAUGGCACAGAGAAUGCGUUUGCCUAUUUUUGGAUAACAGAUUCCUGCCCUCACACUGUGAAAGCCAUUGCAAAUAAGCCUCCAUUUGAAGUUUUAAGCCUUGCUGGAUCCAUUGCUGAUGCUUUACAAAUUUGA